AUGUCCUUCCUCGCAGGAGGAGCCGAGUGCUCGACCUCGAACCCCAUCGGCCAGCUCAACAAGCAUGCUCAGCAGGACAACAGCCUGCAGCGGGACCGCUUCGUCAACAAUGCGCCCGGCGGCUCUGCCCAGGGCUUCCGGACCAGCGCCGGCCCGAGCACUCCGGCUCUUGAUGGCCAGAUGAACGCCUUCAUGCAGCAGAAUCCUAACAUGCCGGAGAUGGCAUUUGACCGGUUACAGAGGCCAGGGCCCGCCGGCGGGCAGAUACAGAUCGACCCUCCUCACCAGGGCGUCCACCUUCGGGCACAGUCUGCGUCGCCGUCGUUCUCGCCCUCCUUCUCCCCGGACGAGUUUGCAAAGUUCCAGCAGGCAAACCGCUCCAUCGCCCACAGGUCAAGCCCCGCGCCGCAACAGCAGUCGAUGGCAGUCUCGACAUACCAACGGCCGAUGAUGGGUGGUGGCAUCUACAGCCCCAUGUCCUCCAUGGGGAUGAUGCAACCGCCUGGCAUGUAUGGAGGCAUGUCCAUGUACUCCCAGCAGGCCCCAGUGCAGGCCGACGCCAAGGGAAAAGGAAAGGCGGUCGAGACCGAGGAGUCAACGCAAGAGCUACAGAAGAAAUUCGAGGAGCAGUUCAACCUCCACGAGGAUACCGAGGAAGGCGUCGAGGAAAUAGAGCGCGAGCUGAACACAAUGGACGAAAAGCUGAUGGAGUCCGAGACCGGGUUCGGCGACUUCGAGUCGAUAUGGAAAGGCAUCCAAGACAACGAGGCGGCCAUGCGAGACAUGCCGGAGCAGGACCUCGAUAUUAAAUGGGGCGACGGCUUAGACUCCUGGAACCCGUCCCGAGGCAUGUCCGCAGACCCUCUCAUCGAGGACUACUUGUUCGAGGAGGAUAACCUUUUCAAAGACCAGGCGAACCCCUUCGAAGAGGGCGUACGGAUCAUGGACGAGGGCGGCAACCUCUCCUUGGCCGCCCUGGCUUUCGAAGCCGCGGUUCAAAAGGACGCGUCUCACAUCGAGGCCUGGGCUCGAUUAGGUGCAGCACAAUCGCAGAACGAGAAGGAGGACGCCGCCCUCCGGGCGUACCAACGCGUCCUACAGCUUGACCCCAACAAUCUCGACGCCCUCAUGGGCCUCGCGGUGUCAUACACUAAUGAGGGCUAUGACAGCACAGCUUACCGCACGCUAGAGCGCUGGCUCUCGGUCAAGUACCCACAGGUGAUCUCUCCAGACAAGCUGUCUGACCCCGCAGACAUGGGGUUCACGGACCGCGCAGACCUGCAUUCCAAGGUGACCGACCUGUUUAUACAGGCGGCCCAGCACGCCCCCGACGGCGAGCACAUGGACCCAGAUGUCCAGGUGGGGCUGGGCGUGCUUUUCUACGGCAGCGAGGACUUUGAAAAGGCGGUCGACUGCUUCGAAGCCGCCCUUAGGAGCAGCGAGCUCGGCAUAGCAAACCAGCGAAACCAGCGACACCUCCUCUGGAACCGGCUCGGCGCGACGCUGGCCAACAGCGGGCAGAGCGAGCAGGCCAUUCACGCCUAUGAGCAGGCUCUGGUCCUGCGGCCCAACUUUGUCCGCGCGCGGUACAACCUGGGCGUCAGCUGCAUGAACAUUGGCUGCUAUGAACAGGCCGCCGGCCACCUGCUGUCAGCGCUUGACAUGCACAAGAUGGUGGAGAAGGCCGGGAGGGAGAAGGCCAGGGAGCUGCUCAGCGGGACCGGAGACGGUGGCGACGUCAGCGAGGAGCACCUUGACCGCAUGACGACCCAGAACAGGAGCACCACGCUCUACGACACGCUGCGUAGGGUCUUCACGCUCAUGAGCCGGCGCGACCUGAGCGAGAAGGUCGUCUUCGGGGUCGACCCGGACGUCUUCCGCCCAGAGUUCGAGUUUUAG